AUGAAUUCCAAAACAAACUGUGAGGCUAACGCGGCACCAGAACUCCCAGCAUACAGGUUUAUCCCCAGGAUUCCAAAAGACAGGAAGCAAGUGAUCCUCAUCUCCUCAGUGCUGGUGCUUCUGACGGCAGUGGUUAUUGCAGCAAUUCUCAUUGGAAUUUAUAUUACUCAGGAACACACUGAAAAGAUAAUCAGAACCAUCAGCAAUGGAAAGGAUGGUGAGGCGGUGGAGCGGACUGUGAUGGUGAACAACCAGGAAAGUGUGGCUGCAUUUUUGAUCAAGACCAAUAAGACUGCAGCAACUGUUGUCUAUGACUAUAAACAUCAUCUGAUUGGCUUCCGAACUCAGGAUCAAAAACAAUGCUCAGUGGUGGCAAUGGAUUUGGUUGAUGUUCCCAGUUUAAAUGAAAUCACCCAGGGAAUUGAACAUUUUGAUGAAGAGGUCUCAGGAGGCAACAGCAUGGUCUACAGCUUCAAGAAGGGAAAACUAGCUGACCACACAACUCUUGGAAUAACUAUAAAUAUCCUUUGUAGUGAUGUUCCUAUCUACUGGGCUGAGAAGAAGCAGAAGGAAGAACGGCUAAGCUGCUUGAUUUUGAUUUUGAAGAUCUGCCUGACAGUGCUUUAA